GUCCGGCUUCAGCCGGCGGAGCGGAGGGGACGUCCUGCUCGGGGCCCGGAGGGGGGGGGCUGGGGCGAUGGACGAGCUGCUGCUGCCCACGGCCGUGCUGGAAGUCUGCAUCUUGGUCGGGGUCUCCCGGGAGAAAGCCAGAGACGCGCGUCAGCUUGCACAACAAAAGGACGUGAGAACCAUCCCACUCGAACCGGAAGUUCUCUCCGUUUUUGUACCUCCGUUUAUCAGCAAGGAAGAUUUGCAAGCUCUUCCUCUAAAUAGCAACGCACUCAAUAAAACCAAACGCCGUUCUUUCCGGAAAAGGAAAGAUAAAUUUAAGACGGAGGAGGCAAAAGCUGUGAACGGAGCCCCCAAAACACCUGAGGAUGAAGACAUCACUGUCCCCAAAGAUGUCGACCUGAAUGGACUGCCUCAGCUUUGCUUUCCAGGAGGAUUUUAUAUCACGGGACAAUCGAGGGAGAACCAUUUUCACUUUCUCGUUUUCACAGAUGUCUUUGGAAACCGAACGUAUGGAGUUGUGGCCCAGUAUUACCAGCCUAUGCAAGAGGGACGCCUUUACAAUGGGCAGGCACAUUGGGAUAACCUUCAAAGCUCCAGAGCCGAUUCGUACUUCGUACCGUUUGCUGUUUGUGUCAUAUCCAAGUACCCAUAUUUCAACGCCCUGAAGGACUGUUUGUCUUGUUUGUUGCUACGUCUUAAGCCUUGCAAAGAUUCAGAGAUCGAGGAACAAAUAAAAGAAUUUGCAGCAAAAUUAUCCCUGAUACCCAGUUCUCCUCCUGGGCAGCUUCAUCUGCUAUUCAAUAUGAAGCCUCUCCAAGUCGUAUUUCCAUCUCAGGAAGAUCCUGACAGCCCUCUUAUUGAUUUGGAUCUACAUCUUCCCUUCCUUUGCUUCAAGCCGGAACAGAUUUUACAGAUACUUACUUGUAUUUUAACUGAACGGAAAAUUGUCUUCUUCUGCUCGGACUGGGCAUUGCUGACUCUUGUAUCCGAAUGCUUCAUGUUGUACAUCCAUCCUCUUCAGUGGCAACACACGUUUGUACCAAUCCUCUCCCAUCAGAUGUUGGAUUUUGUCAUGGCACCCACCUCCUUCCUGAUGGGCUGUCACAUCGACCACUUUGCGGAAGUUUGCAAGGAAGCCGACGACUUAAUUCUAAUCAACAUCGAUUCUGGCGAUAUCGCUCAAUCCAAGUCCUCUGAAGAGGAAACCGACAUUCCAGAUGUCCCAGCAGAAGCAGCCAGGGUUUUUAUAACACGAUCUGAAAACCUUCAGCUGCACUAUGACCUUGAACUCUGCCAUCUGGGAACCUCCACGGACUUCUUCGAAAUACAAGGCCGACGGAGAACUUGGCAACACAAGCUGAAUUCUGAAAUUCAACAGAUUACUCUGCAGUUAAUCGUCAAUAUGUUUAGGGAGGUGAAAGACCAUUUGAACUAUGAACACCGAGUAUUUAACAGUGAAGAAUUCUUAAAGACAAGAGCAAUAAACGAUCAGCCGUUUUACAGAAAGGUGCUGGAAACGUAUAUGUUCCACUCUUUUCUCAAAGCCCGCCUUAACGGAAGGAUGGAUGCUUUUGCUUACCUAGAGCAAAGCACCCAGAAUGAAGAAGACAGAUUCAACUUCCUGGUUGGUAACCCGAGAAGGCUGACGAUGGAGAAGAUGAUCUCUAAAAGGUUUAAUCCUCAGUACAUGCUCAGCAGGCGCAUGGGGGUGAGCCUUCCUGAUCUGCACAACAUUAAGCCAAGCGACAGCCCGAUGAGGAAUUUAUCCCUCCGAAGCGUAGACGUUACACAAGCUAAAAGAUCGAUUUCGAAACCCACCAGCACUUUCAAGAUCCCAGAUAUCCAUUUCCCACUGCUGGGUCAGAGCGUCCAGUCCUAUUACGUCGACUUGGGUAACCAUCUCAGCAGAGCUAUCCAAAUUUUGUCCCCGGAGAACUCUGCGCUUCUAGCGAGGUAUUUCUACCUUCGGGGACUUGUCAACCUGAUGCAAAGAAAAUUCCUCAAUGCACUUUCGGAUUUCCAAAACCUGUACAAGACGGACAUCCGGAUAUUCCCUACAGACCUUGUGAGAAAAAUGAUCGAGAAUCUCCCACCCCUGGAUCGCUCUCAGGCAGAUCAGAAACCCGAACUGAAGAGGUUGAUCAGUCACCUGCUGGAUAAACAACGAGAGGUCACUAAAGCCGAUGACCACGUGAAGAAAUUUGCGUUGCCCAAAACUCACAUGCAGGUGAAUGACUUUGUGAAGCGUAUCCAGGAAUCUGGGAUUGUCAAAGAUACAGACACGAUCCAUCGGUUGUUCGAUGCGUUAACCGUAGGUAAGGGGCAAAAACAAAAGAACCCGGAAACCUUUAAAGACUUUUAUACCUACUGGAAGGAAACAGAAGCAGAAGCUCAGGACGUCAACCUGCCGCCGAGCGUCAUAGAACACCUGGACAAAAACGAGUGUGUUUACAAGUUGUCCAACUCAGUCAAAACCAACAAAGGAGUCGGCAAAAUCGCAUUGACGCCGAAACGCCUGUUUCUGUUGAUGGGAGGAGCUUGUCCCGGCUAUCAAGAUAUCGCCACAUUCAGAGAUAUAGAGGAAGUGAGAAAUACCACCGUCACUUUUCUUCUCCUCAAGAUUCCCACCUUGAAGAUAAGAGUCAAGUACAAAAAGGAUGUUUUUGAAGCAAAUCUGAAGUCCGAGUGCGACCUUUGGCACUUGAUGGUGAAAGAGAUGUGCGCUGGGAAGAAGAUGGCAGACGAUCACAAGGAUCCACAGUACCUUCAACAAGCCCUCACCAACGUUCUUCUGAUGGACGCGGUAGUGGGUUCUCUGCAGUCCUCCAAAAUAAUCUACGCAGCUUCGAAGCUGUCUUACUUUGACAGGAUGAAGAACGAAGUGCCCAUGAUGGUCCCCAAAACCACGUCUGAAACACUAAAGCACAAGAUCAACCCAUCAGCGGGUGAAACCUUCCCACAAGCAGUGGAAGUCUUGCUGUAUACACCAGGGCAGCUGGAACCCACCGAAAAGCACGGAGACGCCCAUCCAAAAUUGUGGUGCGCUUUGAAUGGAGGGAAGGUUGUGGUCUUUGAUGCCUCAACGUGGUCUCUGCAGCAUUCUUUUAAAGUGGGGAACUCUAAACUGAAAUGUAUGAUCAUGGCAGAACAAAGUCAAGUUUGGAUCGGCUCUGCAGAUUCCGUCAUCUACUUGAUCAACACCUACAGCAUGUCUUGCAAUAAGCAACUGAAUGACCAUCGCCGUGAAAUUGUGGACAUUGUUGUGGAUACCAGAGAGAGUCUACCUAGCGAGGUGUAUUCCUGCAGUGUGGACGGCACCGUCAUUGCGUGGAACAUCAGCUCUCUGAAAGUGAACCGUCGGUUCCAGCUGCCCUUGGAAACGGUGACUUCGAUCCAGUUCUACAAGAAUCGGCUUUGGUGCUGUAUACAAGACUACAUUGCUGUGGUCAGCACAAACGGGCUGGUUCGCCAGAAGGUGAAACUGGAAAAUGUGCCCUUGGAACCCCUCACACCCCUGCUCUGUUUCCAGUUGUUUCCUGAGAGGGGCGAAGUCUGGGCUUCGUGGGCCGGCAGCUGUGAGCUGUUGAUCUGGAAUAUGGAGGAUUUUUCCACCCCCUUACAGAAGAUGAGCCUGCAAGACUGUUCAGAGAUCACCUGCAUGAUCAAAGUGAAAAACCAGGUACCCUGA